GUUAUCAAGUCGUCGCUCGAGGCGGUUCGAUUGCAACCUUUUUAAGAGCCGAAGAAAAAUCAUAAAACACUCCACAACAUUCCAGCACUCAAGCAAAGAAUUAUUGGUAUAUAUAAAUACAGAUCUGCAGACAUAUAGGAAAUCAGAGUCUGCUCUGGCUACUACAAUUUGCAUUAUCAACGCUGGAUGAUAACCUCCACCUCUGGAGGUGUGGACUUGGACUCGGCCUCAGCCUCAGGCAAACAGACAGUAGUAGGAAGUUGAACCCAUCAGCCAGGCCAGCCCCACAUCGGGAACCACAAACAUCAUCAUUGGCUGAUUCAUCUGCCUGAGCAUCGCUGGCAUCGCUGGCACUGUAGUGCAAAGACCGCGAGUGACCGUUAAAGCAAUAUCCGUUACGACAAGGCAUCAUCAUCAUGAUCGGAAAACGGCGCGUUCUGAGAACGAGUGUCGUGGGUCUGCUGCUGUUUAGCUUCAGCCUGUUCUCGGUUCUGCAUCUGGAGCGUAUAGAGCGUUGGGUCUUGGAGCGGUUCAUGGUCUUGAGGCCAAAUGCCCUGAUCACGAAUCUGUGGGAGUCUCCCUCGAUGGACCUCAAUGUGGAUCUGUAUAUGUUCAAUUGGACCAACUCGGAGCAUAUCAAUGAUCCAAAAGUGAAGCCCCGAUUCGAAGAGUUCGGCCCGUACAGGUUCAAGGAAACGAUGCAAAAACUGAAUGUGGUCUGGCACGAGGAGAACUCUACGGUUUCGUACAUGCGACGCAGUCGCUUCGAUUUCGAUGAGGCGGCCAGUGCCGGACGCCUCACGGAUCCCAUGGUGGCUCCCAAUUUGCUGAUUGUUGGCAUUUACCAAAAAAUGCUGAGCUGGAGCCCCAUGCUGCGGACAGUCAUGCUGAUGAUGCUGAAUCUGUACGGCAAGGAGACGACCAUGGUGCGUCCGGCAGGUGACUGGAUGUUCGAUGGCUUUGACACGGCGCUGCUCAAGAUGAGCAAAAUGGUGCCCACCAAUUUGAUGCCGGAAUUGAAUUUUCCCUACGAGAAGAUUGGCUAUGCCUAUCCGCGCAAUGGCAGCAUGGAGAUCUAUGGCCAUCACAAUGUCCACACGGGACGCCAGGACUUUGAUAAAUUGGGUCAGAUCGCCCGUUGGCGAUACAACAAUGUCACUGCCUCUAGUCCCAGAUGCCGACUGAAAGGCAGUGCUGGGGAGUUCCAUCCGAUACCGUUAGUGAAAGGCAGAAAUAUCUCCUAUUUCCUGCCCGACCUUUGCCGCGAACUGGAGGUGGACUACGCUGGCACCACAGUCUUCGAGGGCGUACAAGCAUAUGUCUACAGGGGCAGUGCCCGGAACAUGGCCAAUGGCACUGAUAAUCCUCAAAAUAGUUGCUACUGCCAGGAGAACUGUCGUGAGGUGAGAUCAGGCUUGUUGAACAUCUCCUCCUGCUGGUACGGAGCGCCCGUCUUUGCCUCCUAUCCGCAUUUCUAUCAGGCCGAUCCGUACUAUGUAGAUCAAGUGGAUGGCAUGAAACCAGACAAGGAUCGCCAUGAAUUGGUUGUCAUUCUGGAGCCGAAGACGGGCAUGACUCUGGAGAUAAAGGCACGCAUAAUGGCCAGUCUCCUUGUAGACCCACAACCCUCAGGAAUCUAUCGCAAAUCGCGUCGUACAUUUUUUCCCCUCAUCUGGGCGGACUAUCAUGUGCGCAUCACACCCGAUCUGUUGAGCUACGUCAAGCUAAUGCCAAUCAUGGAGAUUGUGGGAAAGGUAGGCGGCUGCGUGGGCGUGGCACUGGGGCUGCUAAUGCUAUUGUGGUAUCCGCGACAGAUGCUCUGGAAGAAGCAUCUCAUGCAGAAGAUCGAAAUCAAUACAAUGGACACUCGCACCGCCCCAGAACAGAUGAAGGGGUUGGAAGAGUCACCGCUGCUGAUCGGUCUCCAAUAUGUGCCCGCCGCCAUCAAGGAGGGAGCGAGGACGAGUCCAAGCUGAAUGGAGGUCCUCCAACUCUAUCUGUUAACACUAGGUGUACGAGUAUGUCAUGUGAUAGGGAUACGGUUUUCGGGUCUGUCUUGCCUAGUCUACAGUCUAAGUUAAUAAAUGUUAAAGGGUCUUCAAUGAAUCGAUGCUUUAAAGGUAUCGUAUUGGAUGGAUUGGCCACUGCGGUGGAUGGAUGGAUGGAGCUGUGGAUUGCCAAAGUAUUUGUAGCAGCAAGAAAAACGCCCGCCCUACGUACAAUAUCAUUCCUUGUCAUACUGAAUCAUGCAAUAAAACAACAGUAAAAGCAA